AUGAUGCUAGUUAUUUACAUUCUCCUGCAAUUUAGUCUACUUGUAACAUCGCAAAAGAGCAAAGUUAUCAUCGGACUAUUCAUUGGUGAUGAAACGUUACCAUUUGGAAUUCAUCGUGCUGGACCAGCGAUAGAGCUAGGGAUUAAGAGACUGAAUGAAACUGUUGGAGAUAAACUUGACGUUGAAGUGAUUCGGCAUAUUUCUGGAUCUGAGUGUGUUCCAGAACUCAUUGGGAUUUUUGCAACAGCUGCAGCUAGGAUGUACCAUGAAGGAAAAAUAAAUGCAAUUAUUGGACCAAUUUUUAUCAUCACCAGUGACAGUGUGGCUCUCAGAAAUUUGAUGUUGAUGGCACAUUCAAUGGGCAUGACUGAUGGAGAUUACGUUUUCCUGUAUUUCUAUGCCUUUCAUGGGUUUGUAACUGGGGAUAUUGCUUGGAACAAGAACGACGAAAACGACGAGAAUGUUAAGAAGGCUUACGAAUCCUUGCUUGUCGUCAGUCUCUAUAAAUCAAGCAGUAGGAAAUAUAAGGAAUUUGAAGUCAAGCUGAAAAACGAGUCUUUGGAGUUCUACAACUACACUUACAAAGAGCGGGAAGACAUAAAUCCUCAUGUGAUGGCGUUUUAUAACUCCUUCCUCUUAUAUGGGGAAGCUCUAAAGGAGACAAUUGAGGACGGAGACGAUUAUAGAGAUAGCACUCAAAUAAAUAAACGAAUCUGGAAUAGAACCUUUGAAGGUAUCAAUGGACAACUUCACAUCGACGCCAAAGGCGAUCUAGAUGUGUACAUGACCUUACUUGAUUUAGAUCCAGAUACCGGAGACUUUAUCAUUGUUGGGAGUGGUACGGCUACCUUCUUUCAAUUUACUAACUCCAAUGUAAUCCAUUGGCCAAAUAACAGAGGUCCACCAGCAAACAGUCCUCCUUGUGGCUUCCUGGGUGAUGCACCAGAAUGUUUCAACAGUGAAGGUAAUACUGUAAAGAGAACAAGCAUUCUGAGAUUAAAAGGUUUAUCAGAUUGUGUGAGCAUUUUGGAUAAAGAAGAAUUACGUAUAGCAUACUAUAAGGGAACCAAAGUUUCAUUAUCAAAAUCAAAACGAAAACAUUUUACAACGAAUCGGAGAGUCUUUAUGGAAUUAUUACAGCUUCGAGAUGUAAAUUGCCACAACCUGGCGAAAUUCAUCGGACUUACUGAGAGUGAUUCAGGAGUAUUUAUAGUAACAGAAUUCUGCUCACGUGGUGAACUAAGAGAUAUCCUGAGCAACGAAUCUUUCAAAUUGAAUGUGGAGUUCUGCAUUUCUCUGAUAUGUGAUAUAAUUCAGGCAAUGGAGUAUAUUCAUUCCUCUAGUAUACGAUUCCAUGGUCACCUUAAUAGCCAGAAUUGCGUCAUCGAUAGUAGAUUUGUUCUCAAAGUCACAGAUUAUGGGAUUCGGUCCAUCAGAGAUUUCGAUAUUGACGAUUGUCGUGAAGAAUGUCUAUGGUUGGCCCCGGAGAUGCUCCGAAAACAUUCUUUAAAGAGAGAAAUUUGGGAAAUGCAGAGCGCUGACAUAUACAGCUUUGGUAUAAUACUGUAUGAAAUUCUGUCUCGGAAAGAACCGUUUGAGGAUGAUAAAGACUUUUUGACUUUGGAAGAAAUAUUAGAAAAGCUUAAAGACUUCGACGAAACACCAUUUCGGCCGAGACUAGAUAUGGUGGAAAUAGACAAAGACAUGGAGAUGUUAAUGAAGAGGUGCUGGGACGAAGAUCCUAAAGCGAGACCCACCUUCGCUGCCAUUCGAAAGGAUUCACGUAGAUUACAUUGGAAUAAAUCUGGUGACAAGUUACUUGACACCCUUUUGUCUCGGAUGGAGGAGUACGCAGAUAACCUUGAGGGUUUGGUAGAGGAGAGGACCCAGAACUUGAUAGAGGAGAAAAUGAGAUCUGAGGAGCUACUAUACCAAGUUCUGCCGAGAAGCGUUGCCAUUGAGCUUAAGAGUGGUCGAGUCGUAGAUCCAGAAGCUUUUGCAUGUGUGACCAUAUAUUUCAGUGAUAUUGUUGGUUUUACCCAACUUUCGUCUGAGAGCACACCCAUGCAGGUAGUCGAUCUGUUAAAUGACCUGUAUACCUGUUUUGACAGAAUUAUCGACAAUUAUGAUGUUUACAAGGUUGAGACUAUUGGCGAUGCCUACAUGGUUGUGUCUGGUCUGCCCCAGAGGAACGGUGACCAACAUUCAAUAGAAAUAGCGAGAAUGGCUUUAUCUGUUUUAGAGAGCGUAAAAAAUUUUAAAAUCAGACACCGACCAGACAUGCCUUUGCGCGCUCGGAUUGGAAUACAUUCUGGACCAGUCUGUGCUGGAGUGGUUGGUCGUAAAAUGCCUCGAUACUGUCUGUUUGGGGACACUGUCAACACGGCGUCACGAAUGGAGUCAAACGGAGAUGCAAUGAAAAUACAUAUCAGCGAAAGCACAAGAAAUUUAUUGUACAGAAAUCCCGAAUUCUUUCUAGAAGAUCGAGGGGAAUUACAGAUUAAGGGUAAAGGUAUCAUGAAGACGUAUUGGCUGAUACCUCCUACGUCACAACCAGGGAUAAUUUAA